AUGGCGCCGGUGUUUUAUUGUUCGUCCGACGGCCUCAAACUUUUGGUGAAUCUCACAUCGCUGGAACGAUCUGAGUGCGCUGUGUGCCUCAGUGCUGUGUGCCUCAGUGCUGUGUGCCUCAGUGCUGUGUGCCUCAGUGCUGUGUGCUUCAGUGCUGUGUGCUUCAGUGCUGUGUGCCUCAGUGCUGUGUCUCUCAGUGCUGUGUGCCUCAGUGCUAUCUGUCUCAGCGCUGUGUGCCUCAGUGCUGUGUGUCUCAGCGCUGUGUGCCUCAGUGCUGUGUGCCUCAGUGCUGUGUGCCUCAGUGCUGUGUGCCUCAGCGCUGUGUGUCUCAGCGCUGUGUGCCUCAGUGCUGUGUGUCUCAGCGCUGUGUGUCUCAGCGCUGUGUGCCUCAGUGCUGUGUGCAUCAGUGCUGUGUGCCUCAGUGCUGUGUACCUCAGUGCUGUGUGCAUCAGUGCUGUGUGCAUGACACUUUACAGGCGUGUUAAGAGCGGCUGGGGAUUCCGGGCUCCAACAAUAAAAGAUGUUCAUAUCCUUUCCUCAUAG